AGAGGGCAGUCAGCCUGCGGCCGCGACUCCGCCGCGCCGCUGCCGUCGCGCACCGCUCGGAGCUCGCUGGAGGUGGGCGAAAGUGUGCGAGAGCGCGGGGGAGGAGCUGAGCGGGGUGCGUCCUGUGAGCGCCGCCACCGCCCCCCGGAGUCCGCUGGAGCGCGGAGCCCCCUGCAGGGGAGGCAGCGAGCGGCUGGCGGGACGCGGCGGAGGGCGCGGACCAUGCAGUCCCGGCCCGGCCAGUGCCGGCUGCUCGCUGUGCAGUGAGGUGGCGGGGUCCCCUCCGGCCUCCGCACCCCGACCUCCUUCAAGCCCAAGUGCUGCCCGGCGCCCUUACCCUUCGUCUGGGCCCCGGGACACCGGUGGAAGGCACGGCCUGUCCUUGCCCUGCUCUGCUCGAAUCAUGCCGGGGGCCCCGAAAGAAGAGAAGGCAACUGACCGGCCCGCGCCAACCGUGGUCGAGGGGCUCCCUGCUCUCUGAAACGUCCCCCACCUGCUGCCAUGUGUCGCCGCCACAGAGUUGUGUCCUUGGAAUCGGAGCCCUACUAGUCUCUCCAGCCCUCUCUGGCGCGGACCGCUGCCGGCGGAGGCAGCGCCUUCCCGAAGCAGAUUGUCUUUGCACGGAUUUCUUUAAGAGAAAAAGAAACCAACAGGUUGCCAGCCCGGGCGUCACACUCAAGAUCCCGGAGAGGGAAGCCGCGGCCGCGGAUUCGUCGGUCAGCGCCGACCCUCACGGGCACCGGGAGGAAAGGGGAAGAAGGGGGCGAUGGCCCGGUCCGACCCGUCCGCGUCGCCUUCGCUGCUCCUGCUUCUGCUAGCGCAGCUUGUGGGCCGGGCAGCGGCCGCCUCCAAGGCCCCGGUGUGCCAGGAAAUCACAGUGCCCAUGUGCCGCGGCAUCGGCUACAACCUGACGCACAUGCCCAACCAGUUCAACCACGACACGCAGGACGAGGCAGGCCUGGAGGUGCACCAAUUCUGGCCGCUGGUGGAGAUCCACUGCUCGCCGGACCUGCGCUUCUUCCUGUGCUCCAUGUACACACCCAUCUGCUUGCCCGACUACCACAAGCCUCUGCCACCGUGCCGCUCCGUGUGCGAGCGUGCCAAGGCCGGCUGCUCGCCACUCAUGCGCCAGUACGGCUUCGCCUGGCCGGAGCGCAUGAGUUGCGACCGUCUCCCAGUGCUGGGCGGCGACGCCGAGGUUCUGUGCAUGGAUUAUAACCGAAGCGAAGCCACCACCACGUCCCCUAAGUCCUUCCCGGCCAAGCCUACCCUCCCAGGCCCACCAGGAGCGCCAUCUUCCGGGGGUGAGUGCCCCUCGGGAGGACCAUCUGUAUGCACUUGCCGUGAGCCCUUCGUGCCCAUCCUGAAGGAGUCACACCCUCUUUACAACAAGGUGCGUACCGGCCAGGUGCCCAACUGUGCGGUGCCCUGCUACCAGCCGUCCUUCAGCCCCGAUGAGCGCACGUUCGCCACCUUCUGGAUUGGCCUGUGGUCUGUGCUGUGCUUUAUCUCCACAUCCACCACCGUUGCCACCUUCCUCAUCGACAUGGAACGAUUCCGCUACCCUGAGCGCCCCAUCAUCUUCUUAUCUGCGUGCUACCUGUGUGUGUCGCUGGGAUUCCUGGUGCGCCUGGUCGUGGGCCAUGCUAGCGUCGCCUGCAGCCGCGAGCACAGCCACAUCCACUAUGAGACUACUGGCCCUGCACUGUGCACGGUCGUCUUCCUUCUAGUCUACUUCUUUGGCAUGGCCAGCUCCAUCUGGUGGGUCAUCCUGUCGCUCACCUGGUUCUUGGCAGCUGGCAUGAAGUGGGGCAACGAAGCCAUCGCAGGCUAUGCCCAGUAUUUUCAUCUUGCUGCCUGGCUCAUCCCCAGUGUCAAGUCCAUUACAGCGUUGGCACUAAGCUCCGUGGACGGGGACCCUGUGGCCGGCAUCUGCUAUGUGGGCAACCAAAACCUAAACUCGCUGCGUGGCUUCGUUUUGGGCCCACUGGUGCUCUACCUGCUGGUGGGCACGCUCUUCCUUCUGGCGGGCUUCGUGUCUCUCUUCCGCAUCCGGAGUGUCAUCAAGCAGGGUGGCACUAAGACAGACAAGCUAGAGAAGCUCAUGAUCCGCAUUGGCAUCUUCACUUUGCUCUACACGGUGCCAGCCAGCAUUGUGGUGGCCUGCUACCUGUAUGAGCAGCACUACCGGGAAAGCUGGGAGGCUGCCCUCACCUGCACGUGUCCAGGAUCCGACUCUGGCCAGCCGCGCGCCAAACCCGAGUACUGGGUACUCAUGCUCAAAUACUUUAUGUGCCUGGUGGUGGGCAUCACGUCGGGAGUCUGGAUCUGGUCCGGCAAGACCCUGGAGUCUUGGCGGCGUUUCACCAGCCGCUGCUGCUGCAGCUCAGGGCGGGGCCACAAGAGUGGUGGCGCUAUGGCCGCAGGGGACUAUGCUGAGGCCAGCGCCGCGCUCACCGGCAGGACCGGGCCGCCCGGCCCCGCCGCUGCCGCAUACCACAAGCAAGUGUCCCUGUCGCACGUCUAGGUGGCCUGUAGGCCCAGGGACAGUGCUGGAGUUGAAGGAGGGGCUUGUUUUGUUUGGUAACUUUGUGAAGGUCACUUCCGUUUACCUUCUUGGUGCUGGUACCCCCUUCCUGAGGGGCUUGGAGAGGGAAAGGGAUCGGUUUCAAGAGAGUACCUGUCUCCAGUCUUCUACCAGGGGGCUCAGCUCACGUGCGGUGUAUUCUAGUUUGUAUUUCUUACUGCCUUCUUUAGAAGAACCCAGUUUUUAAUUUAUAUGUAUUUUAAUUUUUAACUUUGUUGCAUUUUGGCAACAAAAAUACCUUUGCUUUGGGGACUUCACAGUCCUCAAGCGGGCAUUGUAAUGAGGUUACCCUUGGUUCAGGUUCCUUUGGACUGUGUGGUCUAAAUUAGGAAAAUAUAUUUCCUAUACGUGUGUCUUUUUUAUGUGAAUAGUGAAGGCUGCUGUGACUGGGAAGGUGUGGAGUGCCUUUUUUUUUUUAAAGCUAGUUUUUCCUUACACUGCUUAGAAUGUCCAGGACACUUAGAGACCAGAGGCCAUCUGCUGUCCUCCCUGGGAAUGGAUCAUAAUGUGCUUAGGACGAUCCUCAAGUGACAAGGGAGCUGGAGAUUUUGUGAUCCUUCUUAACCUUGCCCAGCAAGCGUUGGGCUCUUUUCAACCUGCUGCAGCCCUUCUCAUUCCUGAUAGAGCGGGUGUCCUGUCUUGAGUCUGUUAGAGGUGGAGUUAUAGAGCUGGAUGUGAAUUCUGAACUUUGAGCCGGAGAGGGAGUGGGUGCUUCGUAAAAAGCUCCAGGGAUCCCUUAUUAGUAUUUUUAAAGAAAAGAAACUUGUGCUACACAUUUUUGUAAAAGUAAACCCACUCCCUUCUUCUGGAGGUACUUAGGAAUCCUUGCUAAAGGGGGCUCUCUUUUAGAUUAAAGGACAAAAAACGGAUAUGCUUUCAGUAAUUAAAGUAAAUUCCCAUUGCUUCUUAUCUGCUCCUCCCACCCCACCUCCUUUAUCAUGUUAAACAGUCUUUCUUGCUUUUCUUAUUCCUCCUCCUGGAGUGCGGUGAUUAGAAGCCACGCCCACCCUCCAAUGAAGUGCUGCAGUUUGGGAGCGAGGCUCGUUACCUGGGAACAAACUUUGGCUUGGAGGAAGGAAAAACAAGUGUCCCUGAACUCGGGGCUAGUUUAAAGCCAGAAAGCCCCAAAGCAGCAGCACUGUCCUCUGGUAGCCUCCGGAAAGCAAACAAGACCCAUAACUUACGCUUUGUAGAAUGGGGCGGUGUAAUACCUACUGCUGGAGGACCCCCGCCCCCCGCCCCGCUCUCUUUGCCUCCUUCUAUGAAAGCCCGUCUAGUGACGAUACCCCCUCACACAGAGUUUCUCUGCUAUUAGAAAAGUCUGUUUGCUUUCCUAAUCUGUUUAACCAUUCAUUCACCAAGAGUGUGAGGCCAUUACUGGGGGGAAAGUGCCGUGCACCAGCCAGCAAGGCCAGUGACCAAGACAGAGUGGGAACUAAACUUAGGGAGCGAAAAUGGCCAAGCAAUUAAAAACGUCACAAAGCUUUCCUAGAAAAACAGCUGGAGUCUAGGCAUCCCGGUUUUCAUUUGCAGCAGCUGGGGGUGGGGUGGGGGAUUUAAGCCUGAGUCAGCUUUACCUCCCAGGUACUGAGCGGAGAAAUGCAUAGUUCCCACUGGGAAUUUAAAUGCCUAAGACUAAAUCUUUAGGUUGCUCUGAAGCCGUUCACGUUUGUAAACUGCAGUACCCUUACUCACUGAUUUGAAUCAAAAUGAAAACUUUAGUGGCUUCCACAAAAUCUCUACCCCUAGCUGUAGAACUCUGGGAUUGUCUUACUCUGUUUAUUCAGAAACCUCUUCCGGGAAGCUCAAUAGGCUCCCUGUCUUCUCCUGUUUUUCAAAUGAGGCCCUUCUUAUCUACCACCUUAACCUCUUGGCUUGUUUAGCUCAUCUUCCCCGAGUCAGCUGUGUCUAGUUUGGGUUGUUUCCUCUUCACAAAGAAAAUUGUGGAGGAAUCUAGAAAAGACAGACAGUGUAUCUAAAAGUUGUGGGAUGAAGUGGAUGAAAAUGAUUUAAUUUGUUUAAAAAUGAUGUUUUUUUUUAUCUUAGCAACAUGCUAAAGUAAAAAAAAAAGAACAAUUAAUUCCCUUUGAAAAUAAGAAAGCUGGAACAGACGCGAUGCCAAGGCGGUGGCCUGUGGAGGUUUGGAUGCCUCGGAAGCCUCUUUUGUUUCUUGUCAUCUUUGCUCUCCUUUCUUCUCCCCUACCCUAAGGAGACAAAGAGAGCCCACCUGCUUCCCUUACCGACACCAGUCCCGGCCAGCCCUAGCGGAGGGGAGAGGGAAGCCGCACGUACGAAUGGUCACCCCCCCCCCUUUCCACCACGCAUUUUUCUCUCCUUCGCAUUUCUGUCGUGCUAACAAUGAGUGAAAUGACAUGGAGAACUGUGGGCUAGUUCAGUUUCUGUUGCUGGGGAGGACUUAGCGCUGCUCUGGCCACCUCGCUCACCUCUGUAAGCGUUGCACAGGUUAGAGGGUGAGGAUUUAGGUAGUUGAAGACGUGGGGCCUUCGGGACUCCAGUGGCCAAAUGUUAGGAAGGUUUGGUUUUAUUUUUUUAUUAUUAUUUAAUUUUAUAUUAUUUCCCUCCUCACAUUUUGAAGUUGUCUAAAUUGGAUGAACAUCAUUUUUCUUGGUGCCUUAUUGGCUUAUUCUUGCAACCCUUUGUCAUGUUCUCAUGUGACCAUUGCCAGUGACCAGGGCCUGUGUGCAUGCCUUGUGUGUAAUUGUGCGCGUGUACAAGCUUAAAUAAUGUGCCGAUGGCACUUGUUCCAAGUUGGUAUUCAUUAGGCUGUUCCCUCCUGGGCCAGGGCAGCACUAAUCUUGACACCGGCUGCCAGGAGAACAGGUCCUGGAUCAUACACAGAACCGUAAUAACAGCGUCCGUGCCCUGCACUGGGAGUGUAGAAUGGGAACCCCAGAGCUAGGAAGCACAGUUGUCUGCUUUAAUGAACUGCUGCCCCUGCUAAGAAAGCUCCUUUCACUUUUGUGCUCUACAGAAAGGCCAAGGGGGGUAGGGAGGACAAAGCUUUGAAAGAGUGCUUUCCAACACCGGAUGUGGCAGACAGGACCGAGCACAUCACAAACCUAGGCAGGUGUGAGGGCCGGUGGCUAAGAAUUGCCUGCUGCCUUUCUGUGUUCUUUCUUGUCUCCGAAGUCCAAUCAAGUGAUCCCGGGAAAGAAACAGCCUGGGCUGGGGAGCACAGCUCAGAGAGAAAAACUCUCCAGACAUGAAAGAAGGGCGGGCAGGUUGUAACUAACCCGAUUCAAACUCUCAGAAGCUUUUCUAGCUUGAUGACAAUUGCAGGAUUUUUUUUUUUUCCCAUCCAGGAUAAUGUCUGUGGUACAUCAUUUUAAGACAACAUUAAUUUACAUUGUUACAAACUAUGUACAGUAUGUAUGUUUUGUGGGUGUGUAUAUACGUAAUAUAUAUUAUAUACAUAUAUACAUAUAUAUAUGAGAGAGAGAUUUUAGUGACUUUUGAUACGGGUUGGUGCAGGUGAAUUUAUUACUGAGCCAAAUGAGGCACAUACCGAGUCAGUAGUUGGAGAACAGGGCAUUCAGUGCUGUGUAUGGUUUGCAUACAUGUAUAGUGCCUAUCCCAUGCAGUAAGAAUCAUUGCUGUCACGCCAAAUCCAGCACUCACAAAUCAGAGCCAGCAAUAUCUUAUUUGUAGACAAUCAGCUUGAACCUAUAGAUUAUGACUGGCAAUGGUUAUAAUUCUGAAUCCAUAACAUUAGCAAAAGGAAACGCAGAGUAUCUUGAAAAGAGGUUUGUUUUGUGCCUGGAAGUCAGUACAACAGCAAUUGUGUGUGGUUAUGUUAGUCUCAAGAUUAACUUGUUGACCUUAUUAUUUUGGAAAUUUUUUGUAUUAUAUUUGUGGGAAGGUAAAAUAAUGGUUUUAAGAUUUUUAUCAAAUAUGGAGAUUAGUUAUUUAUGAAAAACAAAGAAAUGUCUAUUUUUGUUUCUUUGUUCCCAAUUCGUGUAGAUAACUUUUUAAAAUGCAUUAAAGCAAUGGUGAAGAAAAUG